CUCUACGUCCUGCAGACACGCGCAAUGGUAGCCGGAAGCACCGAUGGGAGGAAAAUAAAAAAUCGAUGAAAUCCACUGUAAACGCGACUGUAAACCUCCCACUUACUGUCCAUUUCGCGACCGUAGGCUCGAGUAUAUCAGCCUUUUAUAUUGCCACUGUGCCGGAGGGGACGGCAGAGAGUAGAAAAGCUGCUCCAUCUGAACGAAGUUGCUCGGUAGGGCUUUAGCUGACGUGUGGAGAAGUUGAGACUGCCAGUGAGCAGAUAAACAAACAUAAACAAGCAGGGAUCAGCUGAGCGCCUGUCCGAACCGAACCAGCAGCACGGAGGGAUGUCAGGGGGAACGAGUUUCCUCUUUUGAGCCUAAGAAUGAUCCACAGGAGACCGUGACUUACACUGAUACUAGCUCCAUGUCAACUGUCAACACUGGCACACAAAGAAUUUCGGAAACACAACACGAGGACCAGCCAUAGGUUUUAGGAGAAAAUCCACUGCUCCUGUCACUGUCUCUUUGACAAGACACAGCAAGGCUAGCAUGGACAACCAAUGAGUUUACCAUCCUGUUUUCAGCUGUAACGAAACGAAUACAUAGAACAGUGCAAGGAGACAGAGACGUGGGAUCAACAUGGCCCACCAGGCAACCCCCAGUUCCCAGAAGGCCCUGAUGAUGGAGCUUAAGUCUCUGCAGGAGCAGCCGGUGGAGGGUUUCCGCAUCACUCUGGUGGAGGAGUCUGACCUCUACAACUGGGAAGUGGCCAUCUUUGGACCCCCAAACACCCUGUAUGAGGGCGGUUACUUCAAGGCUCACAUCAAGUUCCCAGUUGACUACCCAUACUCCCCGCCCUCCUUCCGCUUCCUCACCAAGAUGUGGCACCCCAACAUCUAUGAGAACGGAGAUGUGUGCAUCUCUAUCCUGCACCCUCCUGUGGAUGACCCUCAGAGUGGGGAGCUACCCUCGGAAAGAUGGAACCCCACCCAGAACGUCAGGACUAUCCUGCUCAGUGUGAUCUCGCUGCUCAAUGAGCCCAACACCUUCUCCCCGGCCAACGUGGAUGCAUCUGUCAUGUUUCGCAAAUGGAGGGACAGCAAAGGCAAGGACAAGGAAUAUGCAGAGAUUAUCAGGAAGCAAGUCCUGUCGACAGCGGCUGAGGCUGAGCGCGAUGGCGUCAAGGUGCCAACCACACUGGCUGAGUACUGCGUCCAGACCAGGGUCCCCUCACAGGACAGCAGCUCGGACCUUCUUUAUGACGACCUCUAUGAUGAUGACAUGGAGGAGGAGGAUGAGGACGAAGACGAGAGCGAGAUGGAGUCUGUGGGCGAGGCCGGUGGGAUGAGCGCCUCAGAAGGUGGCGGGACCUCCACCAGACGUUACGACAACCAGGACGACUCUGGAAAUGAAGACUCAUGAUGAUCUGGAUGAUAACUCUUCCCUGCCAACUCCCAAACCCACACCCCCCCUUUUGUUUUAUGUGUUAUGUUACAAUUUUCUGUGUGUUUGUGUUUGUGUGUGUGUGUGCGUGUGCGUGUGCGUGUGCGUGUGCGUGUGCAUAUACAGUGGGGUCAAAGGUCUACUGCCAAAAUCCUUUUCAUCAUUUAUUAAACUAGUGCAAAUGAUUGGUAAAAUAGUCGUUCUUGGAUACUAGAGUUAGAAUUUGGUGUUUCCACCGUUUGCCUUAAUUACAGCUUGCACUCUGUCAUCUGUCGACAUCAGAUGUUCUGCAAAAUUUAAGGGAAGUGAAAUUAUUCCAGCAACCCCCAAGUGUUUUUGGUGUUAUUCCACAUUUCUGUUUGUUGAAUGUUUUCAUUGGAGAGGCUGAGGGUCUAUCCCUUGUUAGUUAAAACUAGAACUGAUGAUGGUAUCACUGUAAGGUCAGUAAGUGACUGAACCCGAGAUAAAACAUCCCACUAAGAACCAUUUCCAACACCGUGUCCAAAUUUAGUUUUUAUUACCCAGUAGUAUCACUCAAAACAAAUUGCAUUCUAAGUUUGAGGCAACCCCUGCUUCACCAUUAGGCUCCUUUUGCAAUCAGAUAAAUUGUUUGGUAACUACUACGCACGUUUCUCUUUCAACCAUAGUUUUUUAUUUUCAGCUGAAGUACAUGUUCUUUGUUUAACUGGCUUGGCAUCAUGGGUAGAGUUCUGUCUCAUAAAGAUGUUGGCUUUAUACCAUGGUGCCAUCUCUAAUUAUAUCCAGUCCCUGUUUGCUGCAUUUUCAUCCAAUUCAUGAUCAUAUAGAAAUAUGGACAACAAGUUCGAGUCUCCUCCUGCUGUACAAGAGUGAAGCCAAAUUAUCCCAUGCAACAGGCACAAACAUACUGCACAUUGGGAGCCAGAGUCUGAGCUGUGUUUGAUAAAACUGCAAUGAUCCCUCAGGUCUAUACAAUCUACAGCAGAACAGGUUCUCAGACGUGUGAAGCAGACAGUCAACAUUAUGGAAACUUCAGUUACUCUUGAGUGAGUGUUCAUUUCGCUCCUCUUGUCAUUCCUCUCUGCUAAUCUGGUGCACAUAGCACCGCAUUAGUCAACAGAGCUGUCAAUCAUGGCAUUAUACCUUAUUUGUAGCAUCAAAUAAGUAAUACAAUUUCCCAGAAAAUUAAUAAAUCACCAUGAUAAAAACAUUUUUGAAAUAAAUUCUCUGGUUCAAGUUUUAUCCAUGUCCCAUCUGUUGAUAUUGAGGAGGCUGACUUUAUGGCCUAUGCUGCAGCCUGUCAGCAGGAGGAGUUCUAAAUCUUUUGCCAUUGCUUUUUGGGAUGCUUUAAUGUUGUCCAUCUUUUAGUCAAUGGUCCAAGUCCCUUUUUCAUUUCCAGACAUUAUGAUGUGUCACAGUACUUGUUCUGUACAGAUAGUAAGUUAUUACAGGACCAUAAUAUGCAUGGUAAGACAAAAAACAAUCAGUACUGUAGUUACCUACAAGAAUUCCCCAAUGCUAAAACUUCCCCCCUCAGUUCUUAAUAAUGUGUUCCUUGUUUUAAAAACUUCUGCAAAGUGUGUUAGAUUUUGAUAAAUGAUGAAAAAACACUGUCCUUGUGGUGGUCUCUUGGACUCCACUGUAGCUGGCCGGCUCUUUGGCUAGUCUGUGUCAUAUUGUUUGGUUUUGGGUUUAUCUAAGACGUCUGUACUUGUUGCUGUUUUUUUGUACUUUUUUUUUUUUUUGUUUUGUUGGUUGACAUUCUGUCCUCCCUGACUUGUCCUUCGUAUCUUCUGGGAUGGAUCCAACUAGCUAAUGGAAAAUUAGCUCAUUAAUCAGCUGAUGAGCAGGGCAGCUUGUGCCCCAUGCCCAUCUCAUGCCUGUCUGCUCAACUUUGAUGCAAUCAACAGAAGACUUGCUUACACAGGCUCUGCCAUGACUUCACUCUCCUGGACACACCUUCAGUGGUGUUCAUUGUAACUGCUCCCUCGUGACUCCAUUUUGUUGGGGGGUGAACAAGGUUAAGAUCCUUUCUCAAGUCGCCUCCUACACCUCUCUCUGCCUCUUAAACCUCAGGGCCUCAAAAUACUUUCACUGAGAGAAAACAAGACAAAGAAAAACUGAUCGCACGAACUUGCUCCUCACCUCCACCUUUCUGUUCUGUCUUUCUGCAUCACUGGGUGGCUGUCAAGGGCAGAGAGUGAACUGAAAGUCUUCAAUCUCACCGCCAGCGUGUUUACACAUGACUGAGUGUUGCUGUUGGUCCUGAUUUGGGCCGUUGAAGUUGUUUUUCUUCCUUGUGGGCUCAAGUCAAAUUUUGAAAUGUUCAAAAUACUCUAGAGGGGAUUUUCUCUUCAAGACAUUGCUCACAUUAGGUUGUGAUAGAUUGCGAACAUGUAAUGUUUGGGCACAGUGACUCCAACUCAUGCUUAAGGGCAUCUUUGAAAGAGUGGACACUGUUACUGUUCUACACCAGAUCCAGAGUCUGUUUAUCUACAUGCAGCUUAGCUACACAUUUGCAUUUGAAUGAAUAUGACACAGAUUGCCUGUUAUUUGUGUGUGUGUGUGUGUGUGUGUGUGUGUGUGUGUGUGUGUGUGUGUGUGUGUGUGUGUGUGUGUGUGUGUGUGUGUGUGUGUGUGUAUUUACAUUGACAUUUACUUUUCAUUUGUUUGACUACAAUGUCAGGGUUUUCUUGUUCCUGUCUCUUUGGAACUGGUGCAGACUUUUCUCACAUAAGUGAGUUUUCCCAAAUGACCUUUUGGACUUUGUCCAGUUGAGAAAACCUUUGGAGUGUUUGCACUUUGUUCCAGGGCUGUUUUAGGACGCCUGAAUGGGCUGAAUAUUUGAAUGAUUAAGAGAACACCUUCUGAGUAUUAAAUCUUUGAACACACUUAAUGACAAAAUGUGGCUUAUAAAGCUUGUAACACAUCAAGUAGAGGACACAUUUUGAGCUGUGUUACGUGGUUGUGGGUUUGAAUCUUGGUUCUGAAGCUGCCCUUGUCAAUACAGCAGGGCAGUGCGCAAACUUUUUAUUCAAAUUGAUGGAUUUUAUGCCAAGGAAACCAACAAGGCCCUACAAUCAUUCAUUUUAAAGACUAUGGAGCAAUGGAUGCAUGUAGUGGAUUUAAUCUUUUUUGAAAAAAUUCUUGAUGAGAUACCUUUUGGAUUUUAAUGUGAAGCCAAAUGAGUGAAACAUUUCCUCCUGGCCCUGUGCUUUGGAGGCUAUCAGAGACUGGAUUCUGUCAUGGACAGGAGAGAAAAUCCACUCCUGUAUGAGAUCUUUAAUGGAUUUGAUAUCAAGGCACAACCGGAGGUAAAUAGAUGCUGGAGAUACUGAACUUUUCUUGUUGUGGUCUCAUUUCUUUUGCCCAUUACGCACCGUAAAGAGACAAAGACAUUGUGUUGGAAUGUAA